UUUUUCGUAUCUGUGCUGAUCUAUAAUGUUAUUUAGUUAGUAAAUAAUAAUUGACGUUAGAUGGCGUGAUUCAUACGAGAAAGGAAAUUGAAUGACGCAAAUUGAGAUCAGAAAACAUAUCAAUCUAUGUAGAAUAGUUGAUGUUUACUUUGUCUCUACGAACUUCGGUCGUAAAAGAAUUCACGUUUUGAAAUGUAAAGUGGUAAUAGAAAAUAUCUAAAUAAUUUUAUUAACUUUUGAAAUGGUGGAUCACUCACUACCUUCCGAUAUUCUUGACGAUUUGAGCAGUCGAUUUAUUAUUAAUGUGCCAGAAGAAGAAAGGAAAGAUUUAGUUCGAAUAUGUUUUCAAAUCGAACUAGCUCACUGGUUUUACUUAGAUUUUUACUGUACCGACGAAAACCCAAAGCUUAGACAAUGUAGUAUGAGAGAAUUUGCCACGCACAUCUUUUUCCAUGUACCAUUUUUAAAACCACACGUUGCUAAAAUAGAUAAUAUCCUUGAACAGUGGAGAGAAUACAAACAAAAUGUUCCAACAUUUGGGGCAAUUGUAUUAAACGAAGAUUUAACUAAAGUGUUGCUUGUCCAAAGUUAUUGGGCAAAAAGUAGUUGGAGUUUCCCCAAAGGCAAAGUUAACGAAGACGAAGAUCCUUCUCAUUGCGCUGUUCGAGAGGUUUUAGAAGAAACUGGUUUUGACAUUUCAAACCUGAUAAAUGAAAAUGAAUAUAUCGAAUCGGUGAUAAAUGAACAAUUAGUAAGAUUAUACAUAAUAUGUGGUGUUCAAAAAGAUACAAAAUUUCAACCGAAAACAAGAAAAGAAAUAAAAAAUGUAGAAUGGUUUUCUGUAGCCGAUUUACCUAACAACAAAAAAGAUAUGACUCCAAAAGUAAAAAUAGGAGUUGGUCCGAAUGCAUUUUUUAUGGUUAUUCCUUUUGUAAGGAGAAUGAGACGUUGGAUACAAGAAAAACAUUACUGGGAAAAAAAUGUAAAAAUAGUAAAAAGACAUAGACACAGAUCUCUUGGUGAUGUUGAAACUGUUUCGAAAGGUAAACGUCAACAACCGCUACUACUUCCUCAUUCUGUUCAGAAUGAUAUUCCAAGUUUUAAAGACAUAAAAAAUAUUCGACAAUCUAAUACUUCACCAGCGCGAAGUCGUCGUGGUGUAUAUGAUAAUAAAAAUGCUAUAUCAAAAGCAGCAAUCAAACGUAACCUAUUCGGUGAACAAAAUGAAGAUGAAACUUCAGCUGUUUUAGCCAAACAAUUAAUGGACAGUCCACAAGGUCAACAAUCUUGUGUAUUUUUAAUGGAUCCAGCUAUCCAAUCUGUGAAAUGCAAUCAGUUUAGUUACAAAGCGCAAGAUUUUACCAAAAGAAUAAAAGAUCGAUCGCCUCAACUUCAGAAAUCUCAGAAUACACAGUUUUUAGAGGGAAAUAUAAAAGCUUUGUUAUUUGGCAAAGCGGCAAGUAAACUACCAACGAAUUUAAACAACAUGUCUUCCCCAUUCGGUGCUAUCGAACGUAGUACACGUUUCCGUUCAAAAAAUUAUCUUGGAACACAAAAAUACUCUACAAAUUUUUGUUCAAUGAUUUGGACACACUUUAAGUUUGACAAACAAGCAAUACUUAAUUGUUUAUAAAUUUUUUUAAGAACUGCAAUUGUCGUGUAUUUUUUUUUUUUUUU